AUGCAGCGCGCUCUCUCUUCCCGGGCUUCGGUCCUGUCCGCCGCCUCCAAGCGUGCCCCUUUCUCCCGCUCCACUCUGAGCGUCCAGCAGCAGCGUUUUGCCCACAAGGAGCUCAAGUUUGGCGUUGACGCUCGUGCCAGCCUUCUCAAGGGUGUUGACACUCUGGCCAAGGCUGUUACUUCUACUCUGGGACCCAAGGGUCGCAAUGUUCUCAUUGACUCUCCUUACGGUUCCCCCAAGAUCACUAAGGAUGGUGUCACUGUUGCCAAGGCUAUCCAGCUACAGGACAAGUUCGAGAACCUCGGUGCCCGCCUUCUCCAGGAUGUCGCCUCCAAGACCAACGAGCUUGCCGGUGACGGUACCACCACCGCUACCUGCCUUGCCCGUGCUAUCUUCUCCGAGACCGUGAAGAACGUUGCGGCUGGCUGCAACCCCAUGGAUCUGCGCCGCGGUAUCCAGGCUGCUGUUGAUGCUGUUGUCAAGUACCUGCAGGAGAACAAGCGCGACAUCACCACUGGUGAGGAGAUCGCCCAGGUUGCUACCAUCUCCGGUAACGGCGACAUCCACGUCGGUAAGCUCAUCUCCACUGCCAUGGAGCGUGUCGGCAAGGAGGGUGUUAUCACUGUCAAGGAGGGUAAGACCCUUGAGGAUGAGCUCGAGGUCACUGAGGGUAUGCGCUUCGACCGCGGUUACACCUCCCCCUACUUCAUCACCGACCCCAAGUCCCAGAAGGUUGAGUUCGAGAAGCCUCUGAUCCUGCUCUCCGAGAAGAAGAUCUCCGCCGUCCAGGACAUCAUCCCCGCUCUCGAGGCCUCCACUACCCUCCGCCGCCCUCUGGUCAUCAUCGCUGAGGACAUCGAGGGUGAGGCUCUCGCUGUCUGCAUCCUGAACAAGCUCCGUGGCCAGCUCCAGGUCGCUGCUGUCAAGGCUCCUGGCUUCGGUGACAACCGCAAGAGCAUCCUUGGUGACCUUGCUGUCCUCACCAACGGUACCGUCUUCACCGAUGAGCUGGACAUCAAGCUCGAGAAGCUCACCCCCGAGAUGCUCGGCUCCACUGGCUCCAUCACCAUCACCAAGGAGGACACCAUCAUCCUCAACGGUGAGGGAUCCAAGGACAACAUCUCUCAGCGUUGCGAGCAGAUCCGUGGCUUCAUUGCUGACCCCACCACCUCUGAGUACGAGAAGGAGAAGCUGCAGGAGCGUCUUGCUAAGCUCUCCGGCGGUGUUGCCGUCAUCAAGGUUGGCGGUGCCUCCGAGGUUGAGGUCGGUGAGAAGAAGGACCGUGUUGUUGACGCCCUGAACGCCACCCGCGCUGCCGUUGAGCAGGGUAUCCUGCCCGGUGGUGGUACCGCUCUGCUCAAGGCCUCUGCCAACGCCCUGGACUCCGUCAAGCCCGCCAACUUCGACCAGCAGCUCGGUGUUAGCAUCAUCAAGAGCGCUAUCACCCGCCCCGCCCGCACCAUUGUCGAGAACGCCGGUCUGGAGGGCAGCGUUAUUGUUGGCAAGCUGACCGACGAGUACGCCAAGGACUUCAACAAGGGUUUUGACAGCUCCAAGGGUGAAUACAUUGACAUGAUCGCCGGCGGUAUCGUUGACCCUCUCAAGGUCGUUCGCACCGCUCUGGUUGAUGCUUCCGGUGUUGCUUCCCUGCUGGGUACCACCGAGGUCGCCAUCGUUGACGCUCCCGAGGAGAAGGGACCUGCCGGUCCCCCUGGUGGUGGUAUGGGCGGUAUGGGUGGCAUGGGCGGCGGUAUGUUCUAA